GAUCAACAAGUUGUGGAGGAGACGUGAAGCUGCACCCAUCCUCCCUCUCACUGAGAUCAAGUUAAGAGUCAUGGCGGGCGAGAUGGUGAGUUUGGAACAGUGUUUGGAGAAGUACGUCCCAGAACGAGAGUUGAAAGAGAUCACCAGAAUCCUCUACGGCCGAGAACUCCCUGACAUCAAGAUCUCAGAGAAGGCUGAACAACUGUCUCAAAGACACAACUUCGAGGUUAAGGCGUAUCAGAUAUGUGCCGCCAAGGAAGAACUGACUUCUCCCAGAAUUGUACGUGUUGGUGUGAUUCAGAACUCCAUCGCUGCGGAGACGACGGCUCCAGUAAGUGAGCAGCGCGCUGCACUGCAUGAGAAGAUAACCCACAUGACGGAGGCCGCAGCUCUGUGUGGGGUCAACAUUUUGUGCUACCAGGAGGCGUGGACCAUGCCAUUUGCCUUCUGUACCCGGGAGAAGCAGCCGUGGUGUGAAUUUGCUGAAAGUGCCGAGUCUGGACCAACAACUCAACUGUGUCAGGAGCUGGCACGGAAACACAACAUGGUAAUUGUGUCGCCAAUACUGGAGAGAGACAGCAUUCACGGAGACACACUGUGGAACACUGCCGUGGUCGUGAGCAACACUGGCUAUUACCUGGGCAAGAGUCGCAAGAACCACAUCCCCAGGGUGGGCGACUUUAACGAGUCCACGUACUAUAUGGAGGGAGACACAGGCCAUGUUGUCUUCCAGACUCAGUUUGGCCGCAUCGCCGUCAACAUCUGUUAUGGGCGGCAUCAUCCCCAGAACUGGAUGAUGUAUGGCAUAAAUGGAGCUGAAAUUGUCUUCAAUCCCUCUGCUACUGUUGGAGGCCUCAGUGAGCCCAUGUGGGGUAUCGAGGCCAGGAACGCAGCCAUUGCGAACAGUUACUUCACGUGUGCCAUUAACCGUGUUGGCACCGAGACCUUCCCCAAUGAGUUCACCUCAGCUGAUGGUAAACCGGCUCAUAAGGACUUUGGUCAUUUCUACGGGUCGUCAUAUGUGGCGGCUCCUGAUGGUUCUCGAACUCCAAGUCUGUCCAGGACCCAUGAUGGACUUCUGGUCUGUGAUUUGGACUUGAAUCUCUGCCGACAAGUCAAAGACCGCUGGGGCUUUAGGAUGACACAGCGGCUGGACCUGUACGCUGCCUCCUUGUCCGCUGCGAUACAACCAGAGUAUCAGCCUCCAGUGGUGAAGGACAUGUGCUGAAUCUUUAUUUUUUUUUUAAAUAUGAACGAGGCA